AUGUGUAUUAUGAUAGCGAACGUAGGAACGUUGUGUAAAUCGGGCUUGUUGGCUGCUAGCGGUGUCGUGAAGAGAUCGGUUUCUGAAGGUAUUGAUAACCCAAGUAUGGCUGCAACAGUAUCAAUUCAAACUGUAUAA